AUGUGUGUAGCACUAAACAAAGUGUUUACCUACAAAUCACAGGAUAUUAAAGUUGCAUAUUUGAUAUAAAAAGCAACCAAAAUUGAUUUAUAUAGAGAAUUAUUUAAAUUGGUUGGAUAAGAAAUUGAGUUGGGCUUCACAUCCGAAAAGUUGCCAAAUCGAGAUUGGUUAGUGAAUACAUUCUUUUUGGUUUCACCAAAUCAUUACUAUUUUAAAUAUCCGAAUUUCAACAUGCUUAGGGGUUUUUCAUUUUAAGAUAUAUAGUAAAUAUAUUAUUAAUAUUAUAACAGAAAAUUAAAGGAUUUGAAUACUUCAAUGUAUCGAUCAAAAAGACUUAGAAUAUUCAAAGUUCUAUUGAAGAACUUUAAAAUUAGAAAGCAAAGAGAGUCGUUCAGUUAAUGGAGAAGGUAAAGACAUAAUUUAAGGAGGGAACAAAAAAGUAAACAAAUAUGA